AUGGCAUUAAUUGAAACGCCAAGAAGAGAAUCAACAACCCCUAUUACUCCCCGAAAAGCAAUGGCAACCCUCUUCUCUUUCUCAAAAACGAACUCAGCCAUAUCUUCCUUCUCCAGUCAAUUUGCCCCUCCAACGCCGUCCCACACUUUUUCCGAGUCGAUGAUGGAAGAAGACAUUGAAAACGUAGAAUCCAUUAUCACAAAAUGGGAUUUGAGAAGCAAUUCGUUCGAGAAAUUCACCUCGCUCUUUCAAGAAAGCAGAAAGGAGGCCAAAGAAUUCAUCAAGAGUGUCAAGGACCUACGCAGGGCUAUGCAUUUUCUGAUUUCCCAACAUUCAACGUCCAAUAAGCUAGUCAUGGCACAGAAGUUGAUGCAAAUCGCCAUGCAUCGGCUCGAGAAAGAAUUCUAUCAAAUUCUGUCAGCAAAUAAAGAACAUUUGAAUCCCAAAUCAAUAUCUAGCCGAUCAUUGCAUCUAUCACGAUCACUUUCGAGUAACUCGGACGACGAAGGUGAUGUCAGAGUCAACGAAAUUCAGGUGGCCAGUGAUUCGAUAUCCGAGGUGGAAAGCCUCUCCGCACUUGCUAUGUCUGACUUAAAGCUGAUUGCUGAUAGCAUGAUCAGCUCUGGUUAUGGCAAAGAAUGCAUCAACAUAUACAGAAACAUCAGAAAGUCAAUUGUGGAUGAAGCACUAUAUCGUCUCGGCCUCGAACGUUUCACUACAUCCCAGAUCAACAGGAUGAAUCCCGAGGCUCUUGAGCAUCAUGUCAGUAAAUGGAUUGAUGCCGCAAAGAUUGCAGUGAGAACCCUCUUCCACGGCGAGAGAUUUCUGUGUGACCAUGUAUUUACUGCAAAUGAAACAAUAAGAGAAUCGUGUUUUUCUGGUAUAACAAGAGAUGGAGCUACUAACCUGUUCAGAUUCCCGGAACUUGUUGCGAAGAGCAAGAGAUGGCCGGAAAAAGUUUUCCACCUGAUGAACCUGUACGAGACAAUAUCGGAUAUCUGGCCAGAAAUCGAGUCAAUCUUCACGUAUGAAUCCCUCUCGGCAGUCAAACUACAAGCUUUUUCUUCUCUCCACAAACUCGACGAUUCAAUUCAAACGAUUCUCUCUGAGUUUGAGUCUUCAAUUCAAAGGAAUUCAUCAAGAGCCCUGGUUCCAGGAGGUGCAAUUCAUCCAUUGACCAAUUCAGUGAUGAAUUAUGUGUCUUUGCUAGCCAACUACAGUGGAGUACUCUCCGAUAUUAUUGCUGAUUCAGGAACUCUACCGCAUUCACCUUUCCCAGAGUCAUAUUUUCAUAGUCCGAGCCUGGAGGAGACUCCAACCUCGGCUGUCUCUGCUCGACUGGCCUGGAUCAUUCUGGUGCUUCUAUGCAAACUUGACAGUAAAGCUGAACUCUACAAUAACAUCGCCUUAUCAUAUCUCUUCUUAGCUAACAAUCUCCAAUUUGUCGUUGAGAAGGUCCGCACCACAACACUCAAGUUCCUCCUCGGGGACGACUGGUUAUCAAAGCUAGAUAGAAAGGUCAAACUAUAUGCAGCAAACUAUGAAACACUGGCUUGGAAUAAGGUGUUCUUGUGCCUACCAGAGAAUUUACCUCAAGAAAUGUCACCUGACACCAUUAAGGAGCAUUUUAGGCAAUUGAACUCAGCCUUUGAUGAGGCCUAUCGAAGACAAGCUUCCUGGGUGGUUCCGGAUUCAAAGCUUAGGGAUGAGAUUAAAGUGUCCAUAGCAAGAAAACUAGUGCCGGCAUAUCACGAAUUCUAUGACACAUAUUUGGCAAUAUUGAGUGAGGAGAGAAACUUGGAAGUGUUGCUGAGGUUUUCACCUAACAAUUUGGGAAAUUACUUAUCAGAUUUGUUCCACGGGACGGUGGUUCCCAAAAUUUCAUCCCCAUCACCAUCCCAUGUAUCACGAUGUCUUCCCUAA